AUUCGUUAAAUGUGGGCUACUGCUCCGGGUUUCAUGGCUGCUUUGACAUAUAAAUACGACCUUUUUUCCUCCCAUUUGACAUCCCAAAAGCUCUCUCUUCUCUCAGUCUUCUCUCUCUAAGGGCGGAACCAGAUUUUUCUUGAGAGCUACUCUAAUGGCGACUAAAGUCUACAUUGUAUACUAUUCCAUGUAUGGCCAUGUUGAGAAACUGGCUGAAGAGAUAAAGAAAGGAGCUUCAUCAGUGGAAGGAGUUGAAGCUACCCUAUGGCAGGUACCUGAAACACUACCAGAUGAAGUACUUGGAAAGAUGAGUGCUCCACCAAAGAGCGAUGUUCCAAUUAUUCAACCACAUCAGCUCGCAGAAGCCGAUGGCCUUAUUUUUGGUUUCCCGACAAGAUUUGGAAUGAUGGCUGCCCAAUUCAAAGCAUUUCUUGAUGCAACUGGUGGGUUAUGGAGAUCUCAGCAAUUAGCAGGCAAGCCAGCAGGCAUCUUCUAUAGCACUGGGUCACAAGGUGGCGGGCAGGAGACAACUGCCUUGACUGCCAUAACUCAGCUGGUUCACCAUGGAAUGAUCUACGUGCCUAUUGGAUAUACAUUUGGAGCUGGCAUGUUUGAGAUGGAACAGGUUAAAGGUGGCAGCCCAUAUGGUGCAGGCACAUUUGCAGGUGAUGGUUUGAGGCAGCCAUCAGAGCUCGAGCUCCAACAAGCUUUCCACCAGGGCAAAUAUGUUGCUGGUAUUGCAAAGAAACUCAAGGGGGCUGCCUAAAAUUGUGAAGAUACAUACUGUGUUUUCCAUUCAAUUAUCUCUACACAUGUAUCAUUUAUUUUUUGAUAUUAUGUUUUUCUACCACCGCCCCUUGCUGCUUUUGUGGCUUUGAAUAAUUCGGUGUUUUAUUGUCUUAUUCUAAAUAGAAUAUGUAGCUUCUGUGUGAAAGUUUCCCUUAAGAGCAGACUUAUUGUCAUAAUGUAAUACUUCGAUUUUCAUGAAAAAGUUACAAACUUCUGCCUCCCAA